AUGGCAGCCUCCGUUAGAGUAAUGCCCAAUGCCGCCAAACGAGCUUCGAGCCUCCUUCGCACCAUCCAGUACACCCAUCCUCCAUCGUGCCCCUGCCACUCCAACCCGGGCUACCACAAGACUGCACCAACCUCCAUCUCCCAGGCUCUGAACAAAGGAGGCCGUCGCUAUGCCACGCCUUCCAAUGCAGACUUAAAGGAGUAUGCCUUUGAAAUGGCAGCCUCCUCCAUUCGAUUCGGUGCUGGCGCCACCCAGGAAGUCGGCAUGGAUCUCCAGAACCUCGGCUCGAAAAGAGUCUGUGUAGUCACUGACCAGACUGUGAAUCAACUCGAUGCCAUGAAGCAGGUUCGAGAGAGCCUCGAUCGUGAAGGCAUCAACUUCAAGGUCUACUCCGACGUGAGGAUAGAACCAAAAGACAGCUCCAUCAAGGACGCCAUUGCGUGGGCGAGGCCAUAUCAACCAGAUGCUUUCCUCGCCGUCGGCGGAGGCUCCGUCAUGGACACGGCCAAGCUGAUGAAUCUCUACACUGCGUACCCGGAUGCCGACUUCCUCGACUUUGUCAACGCGCCACUGGGAAAGGGGCGGCCCAUUGACAAGCCCCUGAGGCCAUUGAUCGCCGUCCCCACCACCGCGGGCACCGGCAGCGAGACCACGGGCACGGCCAUCUUCGAUCUCGUCCCCAAGAAGGCAAAGACGGGCGUCGCUCACCGAAACCUCAAGCCCACGCUUGGUAUAUGCGAUCCCCUCAACACACGCACCAUGCCUGCGGCCGUCAAGGCCAGCUCCGGGCUUGACGUCCUGUGCCAUUCUCUUGAGUCCUGGACAGCAAUCCCCUAUACCGAGCGUACACCUCGACCGACCAACCCAAUUCUCCGUCCAGCUUACCAGGGUGCGAACCCCAUUUCGGAUAUCUUCUCUCUUAACGCACUCAAGAGCACGGUCAAGUACCUUCCUCGUGCAGUGAAGGAUCCGGAGGAUUUUGAAGCUCAGACCCAGAUGCUGUUGGCGGCAACGCUUGCUGGAGUUGGCUUUGGAAAUGCGGGUGUCCAUUUAUGCCACGGCAUGUCGUAUCCCAUCUCGGGCCAGAACCCAGGGUAUAAGCACGCCGGCUACGACAUCCCGAACCCGCUCAUUCCGCACGGCGUUUCGGUGGCGGUUUCUGCCCCCGCCGUCUUCAGGUUCACGGCGCCCUCUAACCCGGAAAGGCAUCUCCUGGCGGCCGAGGCAUUCGGCGUGGACAUCUCCAACGUCAAGGCAGAGAGUGCUGGUGAGGUUCUGGCAGAGGCACUGAUCAAGUUCCUCCAGGACCUGGGUGACCAGCCAAACGGCUUAAAGGACCUCGGUUUCGGCCACGAACACAUUGACGCGCUCGUCGAAGGCACCAUUCCUCAGGCCCGAGUGCUGAAGCUUGCUCCCAACAUUUCCACCGAACUGCAGACUGAGAAGGAGCAAUUGCGUGCGCUCUUCGAGGACGCCAUGAGCUAUUGA